AAUGAAGAACAAGAAAGGAGGAUUUCAGGGAGGGUAGAAGCCUUGAAGUCACAGCUCACCGUUUCAACACUCAGGGAGAAGGACAGGAGAAGACCCACCUCACAGACAAGUAUGACAGAGGCAAGGACGGAUGACUCUGCUCAAGGAGGCCUACAAAAAUCUGCUACCAGUGCUUCCAGGGGAGGCUUUUAUUGAGAACACAAGGUGGACAUAUUUACUGGACUAAGCCAGGAGACUUGGAGACACUUGCAGCCAACUCACCUGUGUGUACUGGGAGAGGGAAGAGAGCUCUUCCUGUCCAAGGGUACGUUCUCAGGUUCAGACAGAAACAUGCCCUCCUCUCCCAGGAUCAAUUAUUCAUAUGCGUAACGUUUCCUGUGUGUGUCAAGGCAGAUCAAGCCGGACGGCGGAGCCUCAGGUCCAAACUGUGGCAGAGUUUGCUGCGAGACAAGAGCUGAAAGAGCAGGAAACAGGGGACAAGAAAGAUAGAAGACCCAGAUACAGACUGAGAGAGACUGUGUCAGAAUUGGAGAUCAAAGGCCAAAACAGCAGAAGAGAAUAAGGGAGAGUUUUUGUUUGGUGUCGGGGAGAAUGAAGGCUCUACAGAAGAAUCAGGGACGCACCGACCAGAUGUUGGGAGCCAUGGCUGACGUGCUUACUUCCGUGGCCAUGCCCAAUCAACAGUGGCUCUUGGAGGGGGGUGAGGCGGACCUCCCAUCAAGCGAGGAUGAAAAGGGGCCUGUCCAGGGUCAGUGGGAGCCAGAGGGGCUGGAGUGGGAACAACAAGCCACCACUACUACUACUACUACGACUACCACCACUACUGCUACAGAAAACCCAGAGCAGAGUGAAAGAACAGACUCGUACUCGGCAGCAGGCAGUGAGGGCAGCAUCUCCACCUCUGUGGCGUCGCUGCCCCCGCAGGCAUCAGGCAGCUCGGCCCCCAGCUCCCCAGGCUCCAGACGCUCUGUGAGCACCCUGAAGAAGUGGCUCACUAACCCUGUCCGCAAACUCAGCGCCGGGGCCACCGCCAAGGGAGAGCGUCAGGUCCGCAAGCUCGAGGGAAAACCUCCACCUCUUCCAUCCCACAGCCACAGCCAGGAUCUAGGCAGCCCCCCAAGGCUUGAUGAGACCCUCACCAUCCUGCCUGUCACCCACAGAGAACUGGAGUGGAAAGAUGGCCUGGCAAGCCCUGAGGACCUGUCACCGGCUACACUUCAGUCCCCGAGCUACAUAACUGACUCACUGAUUGGCUGUACGUCACUGCCAAACACCCAGGACACCCAGUCCACCGGUGUUUUGCCAGAUGACAGCGUCUCUGUGUUGAUGGACGACACCUCCAGCCAAUGGUCAGCUGCUGCUGACACUGAGGAGGAGAGGAGAAGUGCCUUGGAGAAAAGCAUGUAUGUACUGAAGGAGCUUAUCGAGACAGAGAAGCACUAUGUGGGAGACCUGGGGCUCAUAGUGGAGGGCUACAUGGCCACAAUGAGCUCCAAAGGUAUACCGGAAGACAUGAAGGGAAAAGACAAGAUUGUUUUUGGGAACAUUCACCAAAUUUUUGACUGGCAUAAAGACUACUUCCUGGGAGAGCUGGAGAAGUGUUUGGCAGAGCCAGAGAGGCUGGCUCAGCUCUUCAUUAAACAUGAGAGGCGUCUGCACAUGUACGUUGUGUACUGUCAGAACAAGCCCAAGUCGGAACACAUUGUCUCAGAGUACAUCGAAACUUACUUUGAGGAGUUGCGGCAGCAGCUGGGCCACAGGCUGCAGCUCAACGACUUGCUCAUCAAACCUGUCCAGAGGAUCAUGAAGUACCAGCUGCUGCUGAAGGACUUCCUGAAGUAUUACACCAAAGCUGGGAUGGACACAGAGGAGUUGGAGAAAGCAGUAGAGGUGAUGUGCUUUGUGCCAAAACGUUGCAAUGACAUGAUGAAUGUGGGCCGACUACAAGGCUUCGAGGGGAAGAUCACAGCCCAGGGCAAACUGCUCCAGCAAGACACCUUCACUGUCGCCGAGCAAGACAGUGGCUUCCUGUCCCGAGCUAAGGAGAGACGGGUCUUCCUGUUUGAGCAGCUGGUCAUCUUCAGCGAGCCAAUCGACAGGAAGAAGGGUUUCUCACUACCUGGUUACGUCUUCAAGAACAGCAUCAAGGUGAGCUGCCUUGGGGUGGAGCCCACUGUGGACGGAGACGAUGCACGCUUUGUGUUGACAUCACGAAACCCUGAUGGGAGUGUGGUGCGCUUCCAACUGCAGGCCUCUUCCCCUGAGAUCUGCAGGGCCUGGGUCAAUGAUGUGGUUCAGAUCUUGGAAACCCAGCGCAACUUCCUCAAUGCCUUACAGUCACCUAUUGAGUACCAACGGCGAGAGAGCAAGUCUAAUAGCCUGGGCCGCAGCAUGAGGCCCCCUCUGUCUGCUGCCAGUGCCCUGCGGCCCCACUCCUCCGCCUCAAUCGACCGCCAUAAGCUGCCCUCUCUUCACUCUCACAACACCUCUUUGCCUGCGCUCUACCUGCCCAGCCAAGGCCAGGGCCAAGGACCCAGCGAUACAUACUCACUGCGGGAUCCUGCUGUGGUCCAGCCGUGCCCUGCUGACUCCCACACUGUUUCUCCAUCGCAUGUCCAACUGGGCUUCACUGAUCAGCCAAACUGUCAAGCUGUGUCAAAUGGGUUGUACACACCCACCACACAAAGUGCACAGCAGAGAGCAGGAGAGGGCUGCCGAAGGGGUCAGGCUGUUGACUCUGGGAGCCACGGCCCACUGUCAGGUCCCUCAGCUGGACGACGUCCCAGCAACCUGGCUCAGCUAGCUGAGGAUGACCUAUGAACUCUCACGCUAAAUGUCUCCUGGGUCAGGAGGACAGCAGCUAAUGCUACAAGCUGUGGAGACAAGAAGACUUGUCUACUGUCUGUUUAUGCCAGGCUGGACCCUUACCUGGUUCAACAAUGAUUUCUGGAGUAUAAUGAAGGAACCUGAGGGACCACAUGAAGGAAUUAUGGGCUGCAACUAUAAAAUAACUUUGCUCCUGUUUUUAGAGAGCCAUUUAAAGGGAGGCAUUGAGCCUUGGCCACCUACAGUGUACAUGAACAGCACCCAGUGGGAUGUUACUGGGCUCAGAGUGAAAAAAAAAAAAAAACACUCAGUGGACACUCAGUGUUAUGACAAUUUCUGCUUUUUACCUUUUUGAGAGUUUGUAUACCAUACUCUUCUCUCUUUCAAAGGGCAAGGGGAAUUUGUUUGAUGAUGAAAUAUCCAUUCCUAAUUGGGGCGGUCACUGGAGUUACGUGUGUGCCUGAAUGUAUGUUUAUGCAAUUAUGUGUGGAAGUGUUUGAGUGCAUGAGAGUGUGCAAGGAGUGCCAGUGGCUCUUCUUGUACCCUCUAGUAAAUUUUCUUGAUUAAGUUUUUUUUAACGUUUUUUCUUGAUUUUUUUUUUUUUUUUUUUUGAUGCCCCAUUAUGAGGAAAAGUACAGCUACAUAAAUAUACUUUGUCAUUCCCCUGCUGACAACUGAGUUUGCUGUUUAUGUUGACAAGAACGGGAAAGGCAGAACACUUGAUGUGGACAUGCCGCAAGGACUUUACUCGCUCGAAUUUCAUCUGAAAGUGAAGAACUUUCUUUCUUGCCACAGUGUUGAGAGCCCCCAAGCUCUCUUAUUCUGUUUGACCGGCUCUCGUUUGAUCUGGACAAAAAAGGCGUGAGGGAGCCCCCUGGAGGUUCUAUGUGGGUAUGACGUCACUUCUGAAUACUUCUUGCUCUUUGGGCAACUCCAGAGGAGUUGCUGGAUAGGUGCAUUCAAAGGGACUGCUGUGCUGACCCAAAGUGUUGCAAGCAACAUCUCCUUGGUGAUUGACUGGCACAAUGCUACUUUACACAGAUCUUUCUUUCCAAGCCGGAGUAGAUUUUGGGGACACGUGUCCUUACAAAUGCUUUGGUUUAAACUGAUAUUGAUUGUUUUAUUAGUCCACUGUUGUCAUGUCAAGGCUGUGCACCAUUUCUAUAAUCUCUGUUAGCUUGUGCCCUCAUGGGUUAAAUACUGUGCAGUGCAUACCAUAAAGGCAAUCAUACAUUUUCACUUGUAAGAUGAAUAAUGACCCUGGUAUGCCAAGAAAUGUUACUGUUCCAGCUAGUUGAAAUGAAGGAUAAUACGUUGCUGGAUAAACAGAGUGAUGCUGACAAAUCUGCAUGCACCCCCUUUCUCAGACAACAGUGCCAAAAACAACCGCAGCUCACCACUCAAACAUUUCAUGCUCAUACUCCACAGUUCAGUUUGCCACUACUCUUACAAAACAAUCGAGAUAUCUGUUUUACUAUCUGGAUUGUAAUGCCUAGGUGACAAAAAAGAGGAGAACGGAUGAAGCUAUCCUGUCAUUAUCAGGUCAGUUCUUUUUGUGGCCAGUAGAGGUCCCCACAAGGCUUUCAUUUCCAGUUUAGUUGGAUCAUACAGCUGCACCAAAGAUCAAUAGUCCUCAUGUUUCAGUGCUAACAUUGAAGCUGCUUGAUAAUUUGCCCAACAAACAACAAUAAAUCAAUCAUAAUAAACUGAAAGGUGAGACGUUAGGUGAGCUAGACCAUCUCACAGAAUCUGCAUCUUUAGUUUGCAGUUAAUGUGAACCAGUGGGUUUUCACAGGAGUUACUGAUCAGGCAGUUCUGCAUGUCACACAAAGGAAUGCCACUACAGAGAACCAGAAGCAAGGACAUAAAACCAUGAGAGGGUUGGUUAAUGCCAUGUUUGACUGAGUAGAAACUGUUGUAUCAUAUCAAAUAAAAAGUGUCUUUUUGAAGUUGA